AUGGCUGCCGUUGACCCAACUUACCCGCUCUACCCCACAGGCUGCAUCCUGGCCUCAGCGAUGCUGCUCUUAGUACUCCUAACCAGCUUCGUCCGUCAAAGCUGGAACUUCGGCGUCGCGUUCUUGUGCUUUUGGCUGUUCGUCGAGACUCUGAUAGAGGGGAUCAACGCUAUCAUAUGGUCCGACAAUGCCGAUAUCAAGCUCUACGUGUAUUGCGACAUCAUCUCGCACGUACAGAUGUUCGCCUCGGUCGUCAAACCUAUGGCGACUUUGAUCAUCAUGCGUCGGCUGUACCUGAUCACUAGUCUACAGUCCGUCAAGCUGCCGAGUAAGGCUGAAAAACGAAGAGACCUCGCGGUGGAGUGGAUACUUGGCCUGGUGAUCCCUCUCAUCAUUGCAGGGCCUCUGUACUAUGUGGUCCAGCCACACCGGUUCGAAGUUGACGAAGGCUUGGGAUGUACCAACUCCACCGACGGAUCGAUACUGUCUAUUCUGUUGCUGUAUUCGUGGUCCGUGAUCCUCCCGAUGAUAUCAAUCACAGUCUACUACCCUCGCGUCGCCCUGAUCUUCUACCGCCAAAACCGAGACAUCAACCGCUUUCUCCAUAGCAACCACUCCGUAUCCCGCACCAACUACCUCCGCAUCCUCGCCCUCGCCCACAUCGACAUCCUCUUCACCUUACCCAUAGGCAUCGCGAACAUCGUCCUCUCUGUGCGAUGGUUCUCGUCGCUGUACGGGUCACUUCCGUUCUACUUUGGGUGGACACAGGACCAUAGCGAUUGGGAGCCGGUGAGCAUCCCGUAUACGGUGCUGGUGGCGGCAGGACCUUCUGGCGCGGCCGAGUACUACGUCAUACAAUGGUUGUCCCCUGUGCUUGCGUUUGCCAUCUUCGGCCUUUUCGGCCUCACGUCGGAAGCUCGCGCGUCGUACUGGAGCAUCAUAUGCGUCAUUGGGACGUUGUUCGGGCUCGGACCAAUGCAGCGCAGAGAGGAUCCACCGUUGAGAGAUAUGGAGUUCGGCCAUGCAGGUCCUUUGUCGCUAGGUUUUGAGACGAAAGAGGAUGCAGUAUGCGGGACGCGCGAGAGGAGAGGUUCUGACUCAGACGAAGGCGAAAUCGAAGAAGCUCGUCGUACUUCAAGCGAUACACCGCAUGCCGGCCAUCAUUCUCCGAACCGCGAGGCAUUCCGUGUGAAGACCGUCGGUGCGUCGGGAGUAGCGUAG